CCGCACACCCACAGUCACGCUGACGAGGCUCCUACCUGGACGGGGAGGCCAUGACCUGCUGCGAGGGAUGGACGUCCUGCAACGGGGUCUGCCUGCUGAUCCUCCUGAUCUUGGGAGUAGCUCUCAAUGCGGUGCCUCUGAUUUUCAACUUAAUUGAGGAAGACCGAUUUCCUCAAAAUCCCAUCUCUUGCUUUGAGUGGUGGUUCCCAGGAAUCAUAGGAGCAGGUUUCAUGGUCAUUCCGGCCACGAUAAUGUCCCUGUCGGCAACAAAGAGAGCGUGCUGCAACAACAGAGUCGGGAUGUUUCUUUCAUCACUCUUCAAUGUAAUCACAGUCCUUGGUGCUGCGUAUUGCAUUUGGGUGUCUUUCCAGGCUCUCUUGGAAGGUCCUCUCGUGUGUAACUCUCAAGGAAACAGUACUGCCAACUGUAAAUUUUCAUUCAAAAACUUAAGUGCCGUUCAUCAAGAAUCCUUCGACUUGCAGUGGUACCUUAAUAACUCCUGCAUUAUUGAAACUCUUAAUGGUUUCAAUAACCCCACCAGCAGUGACACCAUGGCCCAACAUACAAUUAUUCACUUCUCAGUAUUUUUAGGUCUGUUGGUUGUUGGAAUUCUUGAGGUCCUGUUUGGGCUCAGUCAGAUCAUCAUUGGUUUCCUUGGCUGUCUGUGUGGAGUCUCUAAGCGAAGUCAAAUUGUGUAGUUUAAUGAGAAUAAAAUGGAAGUACUGGUAGUUUGAAUAAUUUAAGAAUUAAAUUUCAAAUACACUCUUCCAGAAGUUCAAUAAUAGAACAUUAUCUAGAAAGCUGUAUCAGUUUUUUCAGUCCAAAAAGUUGUUUUCAAAGUCAACAAAGUUGAGGUGAUUAAAAAAAAACCACCACCAACCUUUCACAGAGAAAGCAUGUUAUAAAUGCACAACACUUCCAUUCAGAAAGGAAAGAUCAUCAGUGGUUGACUUUGGGGACAGGUGGACAGAAGCUUUCAAUUAGUGUUGUAUCUUUCCAUUCUGCACUAUUUGAAUUUUCUAUCUCUAUAUUCUUGUAUGUGUGGAGUGAGGGAAAAAGGAGAAGGGGAGAAGGAGGGAGAGAGGAUGAGAAGGAACAGAAGUCAUCUUGGAAAUACAAGCAUGGAGCUUCUUUUUGUAUUUCUUUGUACUUAAAAAGAAAUAUAUAACUUGAAUGUAAUUAAGCCUUUAGAUCUAGUUCCCAGCUUGCAGAAAACACUCAGACAAAUCCCAACGGUGGUAUAGUAAACAAAGAAUGGCCCUGUUUUCAAUAAAACAAAAAAAAUGUUACUUAAAAAAAAAAA